AUGUCGAACCAAGACGAAGCACCGUUACCGGAGGGAUGGGAGAUGCGAACCAGCCGAUCGACAGGAAUGACGUACUUCCUAAACAUUUACACCAAGAAGUCCCAGUGGGAACGUCCUGAAGCUCCAGCUGACCCAGGUGAAAUAAGGUGCAGCCACAUAUUAGUCAAGCACUCGGAAAGUCGUAGACCAUCUUCGUGGCGUGAAGAGACGAUAACGAGAACCAAAGAAGAGGCCUUGGACCAGAUUAAAAGUUACCGUAAGCAGAUAGUUACGAAUGAUUCGACAUUUGUGGAUAUUGCAACAAAGUAUUCUGAUUGCUCGUCUGCUAAGCGUGGAGGAGAUCUCGGAAUGUUUGGUCGUGGGCAAAUGCAGCAGCCAUUUGAAGAAGAAGCAUUUAAACUAAAAGUGGGCCAACUGAGCAAACCUGUUGAAACAGAAUCUGGCUACCAUAUAAUUUUAAGAACCGUG